AUGAGUUUGGCCAUCAAUUCCGCUUUAUUGGGAAAAUGGGAGUGGAAAGUGAUUAACGAGAGGAAUGGGAUUUGGUUUGAUGCACUAGCUAAUAGCUACGGUAUAUGUAACGGUGUCUUAAGUCCGAGUUUAAAUGGUGCGUCAAUCUGGUGGAGAGAUAUACGUAAUCUGGAUAUAGGUAGGUGGGCAACAGCCAGGGAAUAUUCGGUGAAAGAGGUGUACAAAAGCUUGGAGCAGGAAGAUCAUCAAGCACGUAGUCUUCCAUGGUGCAAAAUAUGGAUUAAGGCGAUACCAUCAAACGUAUCGUGUUUGGUGUGGAGAGUGCUACAAAAUAGAAUCCCUACCAAAGAUAAUCUACUCAAAAGGGGAGUGUUAUCUAACAGCCAACUAGGCUGCGCCGGGGAGUGCGGGAGAGAGGAAUCGGUAUCUCAUUUAUUUUUUGAGUGUCCUAAAAUUGCAGGUUUGUGGAUGCUCAUGUGCAACUGGCUAGGAGUGACUACAAAUCUACAUAUUGAAGGAUGGCAACACCUUGUUCAGUUUGAAGGACUUCUCGGAUCACAUAGAAACUUAAUUAUGAAAAUGAGAGUUCUUUGGGCUGCUUGUGUGUGGUGCAUUUGGAGAGGCAGGAAUAACAAAGUGUUUCGUCGCGAGGAAAUACAAAUGGAAAAAUUGUUUGAAGAGUCGAAGAUUACGGCGUGGAGAUGGCUCAAAAUCAAAUCAAAGUAUAUUGCAGAUGAUAUAGCCGCGUGGUGCAAAAAUCCUAAGGCGUGUUUUGGCAUAAUUGACGAAUGA